CCCCCCGGAUAUCAACCCAGCGACCCCAACCUCAACCUGUCCACAAUCUUUGACUUCGCUACUCCUCUCAGAAAACAUGUAUCGCCAAUCAUUCGCUCCACCCCCGGCGCAGUCGCCUCCGCUUCAUCAUCCAGUGCCUCAGCAUGUCUCUACAGUUCCUAUGAUGCGCUCGCCGCCGCCUCCGACAUCUCAGCAGUCUCAAUCUGCGGGCUAUGGCAACCCAUAUCAACCCGCACCUGCGCAAGGUGGUAGUGGGACCUACGGCCCCGGGUUCGGUCAGUUCAUCAAUGAUCCAACGGCGCAGAUGAGUUUUCAGGUUGGGAAAACGGCGAUGAUGGCUGGCCAGGAGUAUAUGGAGCAGAACUUAAAUCGUUAUGUGUCCAUUCCGGCCCUGAAGCAUUACUUCAACGUUUCGAACUCCUACGUCCUGAACAAGCUUUCCCUCGUUCUCUUCCCAUGGCGACACAAGCCCUGGUCCCGCCAACAGGCACGCCUGACGACGGCUGCAGCUGGCCCCAAUGGCCAGAUCUCGCAGCAGCAGUACUCCUCCAUGUUCCUUCCGCCCCGUGAUGAUCUCAACUCGCCUGACAUGUAUAUCCCUGUGAUGGCACUGGUCACCUACAUUCUGCUCUCGGCCAUGUUGGCAGGGUUCCGCGGAAACUUCCACCCGGAGCUCCUAGGGUCGAUCACCACGACAGCUAUCGCGGUCAUACUGUUCGAGAUCAUGUGCCUGAAGCUGGCAAUGUACAUCCUUAGCAUCAACAACGAGUCUCAACUCCUCGAUCUCGUUGCUUACUCCGGGUAUAAGUUUGUCGGAAUCAUCCUCACGCUCUUGGCGUCUGAAAUCCUGACCCCUGGUCGAGGCACCGGUGGUUGGGUCGGUUGGGUUGUCUUCAUCUACACGUUCCUGGCCAACGCGUUCUUCCUGCUCCGCUCCCUCAAAUACGUUCUGCUUCCGGACUCCACUAGUGACGCCUCCAUGCGUACGGGAUCUAUGCACACUGUUGCCCGCUCGCAGCGCAACCGCCGUACCCAGUUUCUGUUCGUUUAUGCGUACAUCAUCCAGUUCAUCUUCAUGUGGGUGCUAAGUCGCGAGGGCCCAAUUGCUAGUGUCGCGGGGAAGGGUUCGGGUUCAUCGUGAUAGCCUCGUCUCCGUAAUCGGUCGAUUACAGUUAAUGAUAUAGAUGGACUUCACGAAAGGGAAACAGGAAGUUCAUGUAGGCCCCUCAUCAUCUUUUC